AUGGAGUCCAUCUCCUCGCUCGUCUCCUCCCUCUGGGGGUCCCUUGGCUUCUGGAAAGCCGCGGCUAUUUUCUUCGCUUUGCUGAACCUGAAGACCUUUCCCAUGGUCUGGCAUAUCCGCGUCUACCGCUACUUCUUCAAACAUGGCUACCUCAUCACCCCCGCCGUGGAGCAACCCGCGCGACCCAGCACCGAGCUGCUCGAUCCCGUCAGCAUCUACUCGCGUGCCCCGAUCAUGGAACUCGAUUUCAACAUGCACAAGUCCAACUCGACCUACUUCUCGGACCUGGAUGUCUCGCGAACGGCCCUCAUGUCCAACAUCGUCGUCAAGGGCGCCGCGCUCCUCGAAAAGCAGCUCGCCGCCAACGGCAAACGCGGACCCCUCGGCUUCAUCCUCGGCAGCGUCUACACCAGCUUCAAGCGCGAAAUCCCCGCCUACAUGAAAUACGAGGUCAAGUCGCAUGUGGCGAGCUAUGACAACAAGUGGAUCUACAUCAUCACGUAUUUCCUGAAGCCCGGGAAGAAGGGACGCGUGUUGGAUGCCGAGGCCUUGAAGAAGAAGCUGUACGCCGUCUCGAUUAGUCGCUACGUGUUGAAGAAGGGGAGGUACACCGUUCCUCCGAAGGACGCGUUCCAGGCGGCUGGAUACACGCCUUUGUUGGAUAUCGUGGCUGUCAAUGGCAAUGGACACGCGACCGGGGCGGAGAAUGGCGACGUGAAUGGAGACGUCACCCAGCGCAAGGGCGCUGGGGCUAAGGACGAAGAGUGGGGUAGACUUAAGGAGGAAAUCGAUCGUGGAUUGGAUGUUGUCCAGCCGUUUAUUAAUCAGGAGGACAAGCUGAUGGAGGAGUAUGUGCACAAGAUGACCCUGCCGGGGUUUGCCUGA